AUGUCCUACGACGAGUACGGAGAAGAGAUCCGACGUCUAUACGUCCCUUCUGAAGAUCCUUGUUCCUACCCCAUCCCACUAUCCCAACUCGUCUUCUACAACACCGACAAGAAGAUCUCCCAGCUGCGCAUGAAGGUCAGAUCCAAACCAGACCCUGUUCCAGACGAAACAAGUCUUGUGGUCUUCAUCGACGGAGCCUGUCGUAACAAUGGCCAUCCGACAGCACGGGCUUCCUAUGGCGUCUACUUCGGCCCCAACUCUCCUCACAACACACGCGGCCUUCUUCAUGAGUCUUUACCUCAGACGAGCACGCGUGCAGAAAUCGAAGCGUUUAGUCGAGCACUUGCCAUCGUUCGUGAGAUUACAGAUGUAGAUCUCAAACUGUCUAGCAUCAAGGUCGCAACCGACUCGAGCUUCCUAGUCAAUGCCAUGAGCAAAUGGAUGGAACGUUGGAUCGAAGACGAUGGGGUAGGCUCCAAUGGAAGACAAGUCGCACACUUCAAGGUUCUGAAACAAUUGCACGAAACACUGGAUUACAUGGAGUAUAGUGACGAAGCAGGUGGCCGAGAGGUGCAGUUUUGGCAUGUACCGAGGGAUAUGAAUCGAGAGGCAGAUGCAUUGGCGAACAUGGCUCUUGAUGAAGCCUGA